AUGUCGAGGCUACCGGACGGCCUGAUUGCCUUCGGGCCAAACGCCAACUGCACUCUCGAGCUCUGCCCGAUCGAAUGGAGCGUUCUACAGUACCGGCCUUCCGUGCCAGCUAGCGCCACAUUCAUUGCGCUUUUCUCGAUCGCCCUGCUUGCUCAUGCCGUACAGGGCAUUCGAUCACGAACAUGGGGUUUCAUGGGGAGCAUGAUCGCUGGGUGCAUUCUGGAGAUAGUUGGCUACGUGGGACGGUUGUUUAUCUACGAUAACCCGUUCAACUUCGAGGGGUUCUUGAUGCAAAUCGUUUGUAUUACGGUCGCCCCGGUCUUCUUCUCCGCUGCUGUUUACGUUCUUCUUUCCCAAACAAUCAACCAUCUGGACCCUUCGCUAUCCCGCGUCAGGCCGAAGCUGUUUUACUGGAUCUUCAUUCCUGCCGAUAUCGUCUCCCUCAUUCUGCAGGCCGUCGGCGGCGGUUCGUCUUCUGUUAGCACCACAAAAGAGGCCGUCGAUCGAGGAGUCAACAUUUCCUUGGCUGGAUUGGUUUUCCAGGUCUUUUCACUCCUUGUGUUCUCUAUCUUGUUCGCGGACUACAUCAUCAGAUACAACCGCUCAAUCGGUCGGUCGAAGAUGAACGGGAGGCUCAAGAUUUUCUUGCUGUUCCUAGGGCUCAGCACGCUUUUCAUCCUCCUUCGAUGCGUCUACCGUAUUGUAGAGUUGCAUGAGGGCUACUUCAGCCACUGGUUCCGAGACGAGGCUCCGUUCAUUGCCAUGGAGUCGGCGGUUAUGACCAUUGCUGUCUUCUGUCUGAAUGUGGGACACCCAGGACUGGUGUUUGACCACAGAAAGAGUGGUUCCAAGGUUACUCACUACGAGGGUGUUCCUAUGGGGGAAUCUCACAAGGACGCCGCGGACAGGAGCCAAGGGACACAAUAUCAGCCUUCGGAUGCAUCAAACUACAACUCCGGUAAUGACGGGCGGCGACUGCGCCAUGACUUCAAUCACUUCGUAAAGACAGAGCCCGCAGAAGGAGUCCCAAUCGCUCCUCCAGCCGCCUCGAACUCGAACAAAACGUUUACUCUUGCGGUCAAAGACAACAUCGCCACCCAUGGUCUACCGACAACAUGCUCCUCCGCGAUCCUCUCCUCCCACAAAAGCCCCUUCGAGGCCACUAUUGUGCGCCAGCUUCGCGAAAGAGGCGCCCGAGUUGUCGGAAAGACGAACAUGGAUGAAUUCGGAAUGGGAUCGCAUUCCUUGAACUCGGUGCAUGGACCGGUACUGAACCCACUGUCCCCCACGCCAACAUCCGCUGGCGGAAGCUCGGGCGGUAGCGCGGUCGCGGUUCAGACGGGUGAGGCGGAUGUUGCGCUGGGUACCGAUACAGGCGGCUCGAUUCGUCUACCCGCAGCAUACUGCGGUGUCGUGGGGUAUAAGCCAUCAUACGGCAUGCUCUCGAGAUGGGGCGUAGUUCCAUAUGCGAACUCGCUGGAUACUGUCGGACUGCUCGCGCGGGAGGUAGGGAUCAUGGAGGACCUGGUUUUCGGCACUGGUCUGGACGGAGAACACGAUCCGCAAGACCCGACGUCUCUCUCAAAAACCUUCAGAAAGACCCAGCAAGACCAAAGGUCAGACUCAGGCACACGCCUGAGAGUCGGAAUUCCGCUUGAGUACAACAUCGAAGAACUAGAUCCCGAGAUUCGAACUGCUUGGUCGAACGCUGCAGGCCUCCUCGAGGCAUCCGGCAUCGAGAUCGUGCCGGUCUCUCUUCCCUCGACCAAACAUGCUCUCUCGGCAUACUACGUCAUCGCACCUGCUGAAGCAUCAUCAAAUCUCGCCAAAUACGACGGCGUCCGCUACGGCACCCGCGGCGACGAGAGCGACGGUGCGGGCGAAGUCCUCUACUCCAAGACGCGAGGUCUCGGUUUCGGCGACGAGGUGAAGCGCCGCAUUCUCCUCGGCUCCUACAGUCUCAGCUCGGAGGCGAUGGACAACUACUUCAUCCAGGCGCAGCGCGUGCGCAAGCUCGUCCAGCGCGACUUUGACCGAGUUUUCAGGCUGGAGAACCCGUUGUAUGACCCGCAGCAGUUCGACCUCAGCGACAUGAAGGACGAGGUUGAGUUGCAGGACAAGCUGGGCCCGUCGCAGGUAGAUUUCCUGCUGUGUCCGACGGCGCCGACGUUUGCGCCGAGGAUUCAGGAGAUUAGGCAGCAGACGCCGGUGCAGGUGUACAUGAAUGAUGUUUUCACGGUGCCUGCAAGCUUGGCGGGAUUGCCGGCCAUCAGCAUCCCAACCAAGAUCGAGUCGUCAGCUGCGGAUGCGGACGAAAGCCGGAAGUUGGCGGGUCUGCAGCUGAUCGGCCAAUUUUGGGAUGACAGACGUCUUCUUGGCGUGGCCAAGGACCUCCUCCGCCAGCUGUCAGCAUAG